AUGGAAACGGACCUGGCGUACGAAGCAUUGGCGGACUACUCGCUGCAAGAGACCCCCUUCUACGAGGCACCGACACCGACGGCAUCAUCGAUUGGUGUCAACUUUUAUCCUCCACCCAGCGAUAGCCAGCUUCAACAUCAGACAGGCCAGCAACUGCCUCGCACGCCCAGCAGUGCUAGCCGGCGCAUCGAAACGGCCUACGACCUUUCGCGUGCCGCCUCUUUACUGACCGGUAAAAUGCAGCUGAUGAACACGGGCAGCACCACGGGACCAGCAACCAGCGUCGGUGGAACGGCCCAUCAUCACGCGGGCAUGCACCACGCGACCAGCCUUCAGAUGGCCCAACAAAACCAGCACCAAUCCCGGAUGGCGCUUGUCCCGAUCGGUAGCUCGACGCUCAGCUCAGGCUCGACGCUCUCAUCGUCCGGUGGAGGUGUCUUGGCGAGACCGAAGAAAAUGAAGAAAUCCGUCAGCUUCCUACCGACGUUCGUUCAGGGAUGCGAUGGUGAUUCGGAUCCAAUACAACUCAAGCAGGAACCGCUGGACGACGGACCGAUCCGAAACAUACAGAAGGUGCCCAGCCUGUCGGAUCUGUCUGAUCCCGAAGCAUCACUAGAUGUCCCGACUCAGAUGCCACCCCUGACGCCUGGUACGAACAAGAAACUAACUGAUGUGCUGUACGCCUCGUUUGCUUCCUGGGAGAAGGAGGUGGAGACUUUCAAAAUCACCAAAGAUCCUCGACAAUGGACGGCCGAACAUGUGCUGAUCUGGUUGUAUUGGUCGAUCAAGGAGUUCUCGCUAGAGGGCGUCAACAAGGAACCGUUCCAAAAGAUGAGUGGCCGCGAUAUCGUUGGACUGGGCAGAGAAGGAUUCCUUGCCAUCGCCCCACCAUUCACUGGAGACAUUCUAUGGGAGCACCUGGAAAUACUACAAAAAGAUUGCGAAAAGGCGCUGGUAGAACACGGUUCGUCGGCUGGCGGCAGUGUGUACGGCGAUGGCUCGUGCGGACCUGCGGCCAGUGGAGUUGGCGUUAACGAACUCAACGAGUACAACAGUGCCCUUCAACGGUUAAGUGGCCAGCAGCAGGAAUUCGGCAGAGGCAAUGGCGCGAGCGGCAACAGCAACAAUAGUAGCAAUACACCCGCGUCUUCUUCCAGCACUACGACCCCCGGUACGACAACGCCGAACAGCAACAGCACCACCAACACUAGCAACCUGAGCAGCGGUGCAGGCGGCGGUUACGGUUCGUUGCAUGAUCGCGGUGCAAGCGAUCGAUCACCGCCACCUCUGAUUUCGUCCGGUGGUAGCAACGUCGCGAACGGCAGCACCAACGGCACCAACAGCACGUCCUCCAUGACAUCCUACCUGGCUGCCCUCGGGUCCAGAGGCGGAACGGUCAGUGGUGGCAAUGGUUCCGGGACGGGAUCCUCCGUCUACCAGCAGCAGCAACCCGGUGCGGGUGGUGCGAUGAAGGAAGAACAGGAACCGAACAGCUUCAUCAACAUCGACGACCUACCGAACUACGGAGUCGUCCCGGCGCACUACGACGAUCAGGAUCAGUACCAUUCGCUACCGGCAGCGGAAACGCAAACGUCCUCGCACGGUUACCUCGAAAACAGCCCCGAGUUCUACUCAGCCAUCCAGAUGGAGCAGAAGUACAUGCCGCCACACUACAAGUCCGGUCCGUACACCAGUCGGGGGGGAGGUCGCUACCAUCAACCCCACCACCACCACCAUCACAGUGGCAGUGCGGCGGGUGGUGCCGGUGGUGGAACAGGCAGUGGUGGUGGUGGUGGUGGAGGAGGAGGCUCAGGAAAUCCACACUCGCAACAGCAGCCCCAGCACCAUCAGCACCAGCAACAACAGCAGCAGCAGCAGCAGCAGCAACAGCAGCAACAGCAGCAACAGCAUCAACAUCAUCACCCACACCAUCAUCCGCAUCAUCACCCACACCACCAUCCGGCCAGCCAUCAUCAGCCGGGACACCACGGGGACAGUGGAUACCCGGAGUACGGUUCCCCGUACGAUACACCUCCGUUUCAGACCGUGCCGAGUAACACGACCUCUCCCCAGAGUUCGGCCGCAUCCGCGAACGGUGGCCCAGGUGGACCGGGUGGCACCAAUGGCGGUGGAACCGGGAGCAGCAACAACAACAACAACAACAACAACGGAGACCUGCUCGGUGGCCACGUGGUCGAUCCGUGGAGCUUACACCAUCCGGGCCAGCAUCCUCACGCUGGUGGGCCACACCCACUGCUGGAUUUUCAGCACCCGGCGUACAUGGGGACGACGAUGGGCUUCGACAAGACGAUGCUGGGCACGUACGGGGCGCAGGGUGGCGCACCGUGCUUCACCGGUUCCGGACCGAUCCAGUUGUGGCAGUUUCUGCUCGAGCUGCUGACCGACAAAACCUGCCAGAGCUUCAUCUCCUGGACCGGGGACGAGUGGGAGUUUAAACUGACCGACCCGGACGAGGUUGCCCGCCGGUGGGGUGUCCGAAAGAACAAGCCAAAAAUGAACUACGAAAAGCUGAGCCGCGGCCUCCGGUACUACUACGACAAGAACAUCAUCCACAAAACGGCCGGCAAGCGCUACGUGUAUCGGUUCGUGUGCGAUCUCCAGACGUUGCUGGGCUACUCGGCCAAGCAAGUGCACGAGAUGGUUGAUCUCAAACCGGACAAGAAAGACGACGAAUAGACUGUUCUGUUUUGCGUUGCGUGUUUGUGCGAUGUGCCGGUGAACCGGAAGGCCGGACACGCGUUUGCUGUGAACGUGGACCGGAUACGUGGUAUCCCUCGCUGCUCACUAUCGUCCGCUUACCCCGCUCGAUCUCCCCGACGAAGAAAAAGAAAGAGAAGCAAAACAAGAUUUCCCGCCAAAAAAAAAGAAAACAAACGCGCGUGGUCCUUCCGCGGGCUAGACUGGACUGAACGGCCCGGACUUGGUUCCACCGCGCGCUAGGUCACGGCCGGCAAGCAGACAUAGUCGUGUCCUGUCGUUGGGUCGCGUAAAGUAAAUUAUAACCGCUCUGUCUGUGGGUGGACGUCCGGUGGCGGGGAUGCUGCGAGAGAUCCUGGCUGCGAAAAGAAAAAAAAAACAAAAGAACACGCACCCGAUGCGUACUCGGUUCCUUAAGGACCCUUCUUGCUUACUUCCCCAUCCCGAUCGGCCCGAGCCUGUGACUAUAUGAUCCGUUCCGUCGUCGAUCGCGACCGCGGGACAGUGUUAGCGAGUAUUCUUUAUUAUUUUUACCAUUGGCGAAACAAACAAACAAAAAAAAAAGUUGUGUAUAAACAAACAAAAAAAAACAAACCGAUUAUCAACAAGCAAGGUUCAUACAUUCAGCAUGAAUGCAGCGUAGCAAUUAGUAAGGAUAUUUUGCGACGGAAGAAGAAGAUGAAGAUAAUACAAGAAGCUUCCAAGAAUCCUAGGAACACACGCCCACACACAACCUGAGGGGUGCGUACGAGUGCAAAUAAAUCGAGGCAGACGAAAAUGCCAAGCUAGUACCUAGCGGCAAGUGAAGAGCGAAGCGAAAACAAACACUUACAACCAAUCUACUUAAUGAGCAAUUGAAAAAAAAAAAAAGGACAUCCACCCACGCCUCCGAGAGAAGCGUACCCACGCAACCUCAAACCCCGACGGAUAACCGUCGUUCGCUUAUCGGGGCGGUGGUUUAGAUUUGCUCUAACUACACCACCGAAGUGCGUGUGCCGAAGGGAGCAAUAGUGUUUUACUGAGACCCAACGGAGGCGGAUAGAGAGACAGAGAGAGAGAGAGAGAGAGAGAGAGAGAGAGAGAGAAGCGUGGGUAAAAUGUGAGGUUUCGUUUGUUAUAGGAUCUUCUUUACGCAAGUUAGUUAAAGCAAUUGUGAAGUUUUGUGAUAAGUUCGUACAGAUAUAAUUAUAUCUAUUGCUAUCAUUAUGGAUGCUUUUUUUUUUAAUGUUAUUUUCUCCCACGAGCAGACGUAGCACACGGGCGCACACGCGCGCGCGUGCACAUAGCCUUUUACGAAAAGAGAAUUCGCAAAGAAUGUCGCUGGAGAGAUUUAGGGAACCCGGCGAGUGGUCGUCGUCUAUUGAUUCCUUACUCCUUCGCCAACUCGCACACGCGCUGCUUGCGUUAUCGGUUAUCGAGUCUGUUAUCGCUAUCUUAAAGUAUUUUUAUUAUAGUUUUCCCCCGUCUUUGAUUUACGUUUCAAUUAUUUAAGGGGGUUUCCUUUCCCAUGAGGCAUGUAAGAGCGAAGCGCUAUUGUUUUUUUUACUCCCCCGAGGUGCGAGGAAAACGAGGCCUAAGUUGAAGAAAACGUAAUAAAAAAAAAUCAACGUAAGAAGAAUGAAAACAGCUUUCAGCCCCAACUUUCUGUGAGAAUGUGAGCGCAUACUGCAUCCAGGACAUUGAUUCCGUUCGUUACGGUUCCAUGAUCGUUACGGUACGUGAUCGAUCACAUUCGCUUUACUGUUUUGUUCUCGUUAGUUGUUUUGUUCUUUCUGCUCACUCCCUCUUUCUGUCUUUAGCUAUCUAUUUAUCUAUCUAUCUCUUUCCUUGCCACUCUUGUUAUGUUUCGACAUCCUGUGAUUGUGCGAGAAAGAAUGCGAAUGGUUAGGCUUGCAUGGAAGCAGUAGAGUCCGUUCGUUCUGGACAUGGAGACUUUACGGGUAGUUUACGUGUGUGCGAUCGAGUUGCGAAUUUGGGAACGUGCGUGCGGUGGACCGUUAGAAAAGAUCCCACCCACAUACACACUCACAAAAAUCGCGAGGAAAAGAACGAAACAAAAACGAAACCAUAUAGCAUAGGACUAGCUGUACCGUCUAGAUAAGAGUAUGUGUCCUCCUGCCUUGUGACUGUCCCGAGAAGAGCCAGUAGGGCAAAUUCCUUCAAACUCUCCUGGUGCGAUCGAUGGCCGCCCGGGCGAUGGCCGAUGGCUUCCGCUCUGGGGCAGAUCACCUCACUCGAACCAAGACGGGAACGAAACGGGAACUCCAGAAACCUCUUGCGAACAUUAACGUGUGUGUGUGUGUGCUCGUCUUGUGCAGUUGAAAUACAAAUUACAUGUGCAUUGUAGCAGGCAGGAAGAGAGAAAGAGAAAAAGAAAAACAAACAAAAAAGAAUGACAACAAAAUAUACCCGCCACCCGUUCAUUGGGUAGUGUGUAGUACUGUAUGUAGUAAGAGGAAAAACAGAAC